UUUGUGGGAUAGAGUGCUAACAGUCAAAAUGGUGGCUCACGUGCUGAAGCUGUCAACCCUUCCCUUGUUCAUCUCUACUUUCCUGUGUGCUGUUGCGGAAUGGAACACAAAGGACUUUCUGCGCAGAGAGCACACGUUAACACGGCCGUACCAAGGAUCAGGGAUGUCUGUCCCGCUGUGGGAUUUCACAGGCACUACCCUUGUCACUACCAAUCAUCGUUUGACCUCUGACCAUCAGAGCAUGAGGGGAGCAAUCUGGAACAAUGUGCGCUGCUUUGUGCAAAAUUGGGAGUUGCAUGUUCAGUUCAAAGUGCAUGGAGAUGGAAAAACACUGUUUGGUGAUGGCUUUGCCAUAUGGUACACCAAAGAUCGAAUGGAGCUGGGACCUGUAUUUGGCAGUAAAGAUUAUUUCUCAGGUCUAGGAAUUUUCAUGGAUACAUAUAGCAACCAUAAUGGGCCACACAAUCAUCAACAUCCUUAUAUCUCUUCCAUGAUCAGUAAUGGCUCUUUACACUAUGACCAUGACACAGAUGGCACACAUACACAGCUAGCAGGAUGCGAAGCUCAGUUUCGAAACAAGGCCCAUGACACCUGGAUUGCAAUCCGAUAUGAGAAAAAUGUAUUGAAAGUUUCAGUAGAUGUAGAUGGGAAAAAUGGAUGGAAAGAGUGCUUCACUGUACAUGGAAUUAGACUGCCAGUGGGCUACUAUUUGGGUGUGUCUGCAGCAACAGGGGAGCUUGCAGAUAACCAUGAUAUCAUUGCCAUUAAGAUGUAUGAGCUAGACACUGGUGAUGAAACGAAAGAAGCUCCUUACACAGGACUGCCACAAGCAGAUUACAUGGAGGCACCUAGGGACCGUGUGGAUGAUAAUAAAGGCUCCUAUAUUGCUGGCAGUAUGUCAGGCUGGAAGCUGUUCUUCAUUAUUCUUCUCGUCAUAAUUGGCUUUGCUGUUGUUGGCGUUGUCGGCUUUGUUAUCUUUCAAAAACAGCAAGAAAGUUCCAGGAAACGCUUCUACUGAUUUGUGGGACAUAUUUUUAAAUAGAGGAAGUUGUCAUUAUUACUAUUAUAUAAAGUGAAAGUUCUGUGACAUUUAUUCUCAUGCUUUCAGACCCUGUCUUUCUUGCUAGUUUGAGCUUUUAGGGAACUUCAAAAACAUACAUGUAGUUAUGUGCAUAACCUUGAAAUUUAAAUGUAUAUGAAUACUUCACUUUUUAAAUUUUGGAUGAGUAGUUAAUGUGU